AUGUUCUUUGGACUAUGCAAUUCCCCUGCAUCCUUCCAGAAAAUGAUGGACAAUAUCGUUGUCACUGAAAUAGAUGGAGGAUGGUUAAUCGUUUACAUGGACGACCUCCUUAUUUGCGCCAACACUAUCCAAAAACUUCAAGAGAAAACCCGGUCCAUCCUUUCCCAACUCUGGAAACACGAUCUCUAUAUCAAACCCGAGAAGUGUGAAUGGGAAGUUGAAGAAGUUGAAAUGCUUGGAACAAUCAUCAAGUAUGGAGAAGCGAAGAUGUCCAAGAAAGAUCAAAGCCGUUGCCAACUGGCCAUCCCCACUACCGUUCACCAAACCGAGGAUUCGUUGGACUUGCUAACUUUUACAGAAGAUUCAUUUGCAAGUUCUCCAAGAUCGCCCGACCCCUCCAUGACCUCGCAAAGAAAGACGCCUUCUUUGAUUGGAACCCCAAAUGCCAAGUAG